UUUUGUAACGCACGCGUCUAUUUCUCACUUAUCUUCUGCGGGGAAUGUCCAACGCUUCCACCCUCAAAGCUGCUUGUUUGGAACAUCACAAUAUCAGAAAAGUUUCUCCAGGAAACAAAUUGCGACAUUCUGAAGACUUUCAUAUUACAUGGAACUGCAAAUCUACUUGUUUUCGGUUUCCACAUGCGUUUCUGAUCGUCGCCGGGUGCUGCUGAUGAACACUACAUUGACAGUGGCGUUAUAGAGUCAGCAGUUAUCAAAAUGAGCUGAUAAAACUACGGUACGUUAUUAUUACAUGGACACCAAUUGCACUUGCUUUGAGUGGGGAAAUGAAGUCGCGGAUACCCAAAAGAUUUGAACCUCCGUUUGGAGAUUAGACGCUUUUUAAAAUAGCAUUUUUGCUCGUUUGGUAUCUAUGAUUUUAACGUAGGCUACCUAAAUGCAGCUGAAGGAGACCAGGAGGUGACUUGAGGAUUUUAUCCUAUUGGGGUUAAAUGGUUCUGAUAACGGACUGCAGGGAUGGCGGAGGAUCAUCUCCAGGAAGGGUUAAACCACUUAGACAUGCUAAAAGCGGCCCGAUCUGUCCCACUAUCGUGGAGGAAUCACCUGAUCGCGCGGGCGAUGACGAUUAUGAUGAAUAUCUUGGCUCGGUUGAGUUGGAUGAGGACUUCGAGGAGUUGGAUGACUUCUCUGAACUGCCGGAUAACAGGAGUAUCGUCUCAGAUGACUCCUUUUAUCCACCGGACGAUGACUUUGUUGACUCCGAGAGAACCCCUUCCCCGGAGAGUCCCGCUCCGCUGUCCUUUUUCCAAGCGUGUCGCAACAACAACGCGCUUAUAGUGAAACUCAUGAUUAGACAAGGUGUUACGGAGGAGGACGUCCAGGAGACGGACAAAAACAAUAGAACUGGACUAAUAGUGGCAUGCUACCAAGGGUAUGUGGAUGUGGUGACUGCUCUCUUCCAGUGUCCUCACCUGGAUGUGAACUGGCAGGACAAUGAGGGCAAUACAGCCCUCACCACCGCUGCCCAGGCGGGUCACAUCACAAUCACUAACUACCUACUCAACUACUUUCCCGGGCUUGACAUCGAGAAGAGGAACUGCCACGGUUUCACCGCUCUGAUGAAAGCUGCUAUACAGGGUCGAGUGGAAUGUGUCAGAGCCCUGAUGCUGGCAGGAGCUGACAUAGAAGCCAGGGACAACGGGAGGAAGUUCACUGCGCGAGAAUGGGCCAUCUUCACAAGCCGCUAUGACACGGUGUUUGCCAUGACGCGGCUGAUGCAGCAGCCAUGUGCGGAUCAGUUCAGCGACACCUAUCGGCCUGAGUGGCCCCUUCUGCCCGCGCUGGUGGCCAAAGCUCAGACGCCCAAAGGCUGCAUUCAGAAAAUUUCACAGACACUGGGGGACUUCUUUGACAUCAGCAACGUCACUGAGGCUUCAGAGGACGGGGUUCUGGAUCACAUGGUGCGCAUGACAACAGCACUGGGGAGCCCAUUCAUUGCAAUGGCAUGUCGAACGGUGUGUCCCGGCAGCCCGCCCUGCGUUGGAAAACGCAGUUACUCUGUUCAGGAGAUACUAAAAAAACAACGAAUUGAGCAGCUGAAAAGUCUGGGACCCGAGCGCCUCGAGAACUACAAACGUCUCUUCCAGAACUCCCGUGUCCUACUGGUGCCCAAACCGAAAGAUCGUCGUGCAAGUCUGCAACCCCAGGCCCAAUCAGAUGGCUCCUCCUCUUCCUCACCGGCCAUCCGCAGGGCCAGUCUGCUCCCCUUACACCUACUGAGGAGGAGCAGUGUUAGGCCAGGUAUGGUGGUGCCCAAGCUGAGGAUUACCAAGGCACCCACGGCAACCUACAUGCCGGAGAAAGUGCGGCGGAAAAGCAGCUGUAGAGACGACCAGUUCCUCCAGAUACCAAAGUGGAGAUAUAAAGAACUGAAAGAGGAGCGAAAGAAAGCAGAGGAGGUGGAAAGGAAAAGAUUGGAGGCCAUAACAAAGAGACAACUCACUACGGGCAAAAGGAAAUAAGUGUGUGCAAACAUACUGCUCACCAUUUAAUACUUGAAAUGCAAUUUUGAUAUUGGAUUCCAAUUUAUUCUACUAUUUAUUGUUUUGUUUUUUAAAGAAGACUAAUUUUUAUAAUGUUAAAUGAUAAGUUAAAAGAUGAGUUUAAUGAUAAAUUAACUCCUAUUUACCCUAUUUAAAAUGUGAAUGAUUUAAAGUGAACAGCUCCUUUAAUUCCAUUUCAUGUGUUUGAUCAUCAGGAAAAAAGCCAACCAGAUCAGCUAAUAUGGGUGCGCUACUAAAACCAGAUGCUACUUUAUGUUUACAUCCUUAAAUUGAUUCUUUGACUUUUAGAGUUGUCCAAAUGCUAACAUUGUCUCAGAUUUAACAGUAGCAUUGUGAAUGUAUUUAACAAACAUACUUUUUCAAUACCUCAAUUUAAAACUAUUUUUAUAAACAUUGAAGAUGUUGAUGGUAUUUCGGCAGCAGCCAUGCCUGUAUUUGCACACAUUUCAAAUGCUACAGACAAUUACCAGCAAGUAAUGAAAAAUGGGAAAAGAGGUAGUGAUAUCUUGAAUCAGCAUCUUAUUAGAUUUUUUUUCUGUACAUGUAUUUUAAUAUUUAUUUAUACUACUAAAGCACUCUAAGGUAAUUACUUCAACGACCAUGUUCUGAAACUAUAACUGUUCAAGAAAUACAAUGUAUUAUAUUUUAGAAAAUGGUAUUUACUACUAUAUGGUGAGAGUGGGGUUAGAUGCGUCAUGCUUGCACACUAAAUGAUUGGCUUUUGUGUAUCAAGGACCAAACUUUCACAGCUGCCUGUGAUGGAGAGAUGCGUUUAAAAAAGGCUAAACAUUUCUUUGCAUGUCAAAUUAAAUAGUUCUACAUGUAAGGUAAAAUGAAAGCCAACCCAAUUGAAUACAGGUAUACACACUACUGUUCAAAGUGUAGGGUGAGUGAGAUUUGUUUUAUAGAAAUUAAUAGUUUUAUGUAGCAAGGACUCAUUAAAUUGAUCAAAGGUGACUGUGAAGACUUUUAUAAUGUAACAAAAGAUUUCUAUUUACAAUAAAUGCUGUUCUUGUGAAUUUAUGAGGAAUCCAGAAAAAUAUGUAUCAAGGUUUCAACAUUGAUAAUAAUAAAUGAUUCUUGAGCAGCAAAUCAGCAUAUUAGAAUGCUUUGUGACUGAGUAGUAAGUGUCACAUUGGAGUAAUGGCUGCUGAAAAUUCAGCUUUGCCAUCACAGGAAUAAAUUGUUUAUAUAUA